AUGUCCUCCACCCUGCAUACUGUCGGCUCGUACGUACCGGACGGGCUACUGCCAAAAUGGCUGCUCUUCCUCUCAAUAGUCUCAAUUGGCAACACUGUCCAGAGUUACGUUUCGUUGGCAGGCACUCGUGAGGUGUAUGCCGGACCUGCGAGCAGAUCUACACCGAGCGUGGCACCGCCGGGCACCGCCUCCAAGCAACAUACCUCGCCAGUGACCGAGCUAUCUGCGCGGACCUUCGGCACAUGGACGGCACUUUCUAGCAUCGUCAGACUGUAUGCAGCUUACAACAUCCACGACCCAGUAGUGUAUCAGCUAGCGCUUUGGACGUACGGGCUGGCCUUCGCGCACUUCACUAGUGAAUGGCUCAUUUUCGGCACCGCUCGAUGGGGUAGAGGGUUAGCUGGACCAUUGUUUGUUGCUACACUGACGCCAUUGUGGAUGUUGGCGCAGUACAGUGACUAUGUAAGAUGA